ACAAAACUUUACUCUCUCUCUCGUUUUUCUUAUAGAGUUUUCACAAAAUCUUGAGAAAGCAAGAAUCCUUAGUCGGAGAUUAUAGAGAAGAGUUUGAGAAGGAGAGAGAUGUGGAAGAGUUCAAAGAUCUGAUUUUGAAGAAAUGACGGCGUACUCUGCGGUUAUAUCGUCGGGUAUGUUCAGAAGUUACCACCGGCCGAUGACGGUGACGACGGAUGUGAGAUCAGUUAUAAGGUCGAGGGUGAAGUGCCAAAUGUCAUCCGUAAAACCCGCCACGUAUUCAUCGAGACUCUCCACAGAUAUUCCUCUCCACGAGUCUCCUCAGGCUUUGUUUGAUGAGUAUUUGGAAAAUAAAUCGAGAGUGUUCGAAGCAAUGUUUCCAGAUAAACCAAGAAGCCAAAGACUUAACGAGGACGAAUGGAGGAUUCAGAUGUUACCAAUAAACUUCCUCUUCCUCACUGUGUGGCCUGUGGUGGAUAUGAGGUUAAGAUGCAAAUCCAACGGUCAAGAUUAUCCGCCAAACGUACCUUUAGAUAUAUCCAAAGUUCUUGAGCUCAACAUGAUGAGAUGGAAGCUUCAAGGGCUUGACCGAGUAAUGGAACCGUCUGAUUUCAGUUUGGAAGUCAAAGGAGCAUUGUAUCCUGACCGAAGAGGAAAACACACAAGGCUCAGAGGUCAGCUAGAGAUGAAUAUAAGCUUUGUACUACCUCCUGUUCUCGAAUUGGUACCCGAAGAUGUUCGGAGAAACUUGGCCAAUGCGGUUUUGACCGGUUUAGUGGAGAACAUGAAGCAUAAGGUUAAUGGGAGCUUGCUUGCUGAUUAUAGCAAAUUCAAGAAUGAAAGAAAAUUACAGAAGUAAUUGAUCGAAUGAGCCCGAGUUAAUUGUUAACGUUCGAGUUCGACCAUGUAUAGUUUUCAAACGAUCGGGCUAUAUAUCAGUGAGAAGCAUAAGAAUUAAUUGCUUACCAUAUAGGCAUAUAGCCUAGUUAAGUAUCCAUACACAUUGCAUUCACUGUACAGUUUUGGUUUGAUUCAUUUUGUCUACCCCUUAAAGAAAUAAAAACGUGAAUGGAGCUUUGGUUUUAUUGA